UCCGUCAUUUCGCACAACAUCGCAAGUCAGGAUGACAACAUACACAGAUAAAGGUCCUAAGCCAGAGUCGGGGCGAUUUGUCACCUUCGACCAUGUCACAUUCUGGGUUGGCAACGCUAAACAGGCAGCAUCCUUCUAUUGUGCUCGCAUGGGCUUUGAGCCGUUCAUGUACAUGGGACUGGAGACAGGCAACAGAGACAUCGCGGCACACGCAAUCAAACAGAAUAAGAUCAUAUUUGUAUUCCAGUCCAUGUUGGAACCUAACAAGCCGAAAGAGUUUGGUGACCAUUUAGUGAAACAUGGAGACGGUGUCAAGGAUGUUGCUUUUGAAGUGGAAGAUCUUGAUGCCAUCUUUAAGAGAGCUGUGCAGCGUGGUGCCAUGGUGGUGAAAGAACCCUGGGAGGAGAGUGAUGAGAAUGGAACUCUGAGAAUGGCACUGAUCCAGACGUAUGGGGACACGACUCAUACACUGAUCGACAGGUCCGACUACAAGGGCCCCUUCCUCCCUGGCUACAGGCCUGUCUCUAACGGCGAUCCACUCACCUCGCUCCUUCCUAAAAUUGACCUGCAGAUUAUUGAUCAUAUCGUGGGGAACCAACCGGACAGCACCAUGACCAAUGUGGCUGAAUGGUAUGAGAAGAAUCUGAUGUUCCACCGCUUCUGGUCCGUGGACGACUCCCAGAUCCACACCAACUACUCCUCCCUCCGCUCCAUCGUUGUCACCAACUACGAGGAGACCAUCAAGAUGCCCAUCAAUGAGCCCGCCCCUGGGAAGAGGAAGAGUCAGAUUCAGGAAUAUGUCGACUACUACGGUGGAGCGGGGGUCCAGCACAUCGCCAUGAAAUCCACAGACAUCAUCCAGACGAUCAGCAACCUGCGAGCCCGUGGGAUGCAGUUCAUCCAGGUACCCGACACCUACUACACCAACCUCCGCAAACAGCUGGCCAACUCUAAAGUGAAGAUCAUUGAAGAUCUUGACAAACUCCAGAGUCUGAACAUCCUCAUAGACUACGAUGACAAUGGCUACCUGCUCCAGAUCUUCACCAAGCUCAUGCAAGACAGGCCCACUUUGUUUCUGGAAGUUAUCCAGAGACACAAUCAUCAGGGAUUUGGAGCUGGAAACUUCAAGUCUUUGUUUGAAGCCAUUGAGCAGGACCAGGCAGACCGAGGCAACCUUUGAUUGGAAAAAGCCAAUCCUUGGGUACUGCUGGAAUUAGAUGCUGCUUAUAAUAUGUUCUAUACAAAUGUGAUCUGCAUUUUACCAUGAUCAUCUAAUGAAUCUCACCAGUGCUGCUGUAAGCUCAUUUUUUAAUCAGAUCUUAUACAGAAAUUACUAAUUACUAAAGAUACAAGACUAUAUGUGACGGCAAAUUAUUUAAGACAUUAGUUGUUUGCUCUCUUGAUAUCGGGGUAAAGUGUGUGAAUAUGUAUUUUUGCUACAAUAGAACAGACAUUUUUUCGCUUCCUGCCAUGAGUUCAGAGUACAGAGUAGAGAAUGGAAUUUUUUAAGGAUGUAGAUCAGCUUGAGGAAGAAAGAUAAUUUAAUAAGUGCCUUGUGAAGGCACUGUUUAAGUGACAGUUAAGUGUGUGAGGUUAUUUUUUAAAACAUGACCUAAUGUGUUGUGCAGAGUUGUGUCCCUUCAGUUGCCUGGAUCUACUGAUCAUGGUAUGACUGAUGGCAAUCCUGUCAGCCUUAUGUUUGUAAGUGAUGGUCUACUACCAGCAUCUCAUGUGGCUCUCAUCCCUCGUCCAGCCCACAUGCAGGUAUUAGCUGUGCAUAGUGUUCAAGGGGCGUUGGGGUAGCCUAGUGGUUAAAGCGUUCACUUGUCACGCCAAGACCCAGGUUUGAUUCCCCACAUGGGUACAAUGUGUGAAGCCCAUUUCUGGUGUCCCCUGCCACAAUAUUGCUGGAAUAUUGCUAAAAGUGACGUAAAACAAUACUCACUCAUGCGUAGUGUUCAAAGUAAUAUUAAGCCCAACUCUCUCUGUUUGACAGCUAUACCAGUCACGCUAGGACUAUGAGGUUUUGUAAUGAUCCCAGUUUUUUAAUCCUCCCUGGACAAAAGUUAAAUUCACAUUUUUGGCAUAAUGGUGGAAUCUGACUACAGGGAUCCUUUGUGUGAUCUCAUAUUGGCAUGCUAGGGAUGUGAUGAGGAAGACUUGAUCAGCAGUGCUUGUACUACUUGUAUCAGUAGGUAUCAGGCUACUCAAAUAUUGACAGAGAUAUUCUACCCUGUGGGAAACUUACUGAUUGCUUAGAGACUGAUGAUGUCAGACCCAUAUAUAUAUUUGAAUUGGGGUGUACACAGAUUGAAUUCUCAGCUCCUUUCUGAGUAAACAACUCAAGCUACUAAGACUCAAGAGCGUCAACACUCAUGUUACUGUUUCAUCCUACCGGGUACCCAUUCACUGCUGGGUGAACAGUGGCAUCUUUUGAACAAAGCCAUUGCCUAAGGUGACACCACAUUGUUUCAGUGUGGAGCAGAACCAAAGCCUUAGAAAGUCUCGGGUAUCAAGCUGUCACCCUCUGCAAUCAACAUUGAUUUAAUCUACACAAUUGUAAUACCUGACUGUUCGGUCUCAAUGGCAAUCUGAAUCCAGUACGUAGGAUUCCGGAUUCAGUUGAACUCUCUUAGUAAAACACCCACUGAAGAAAAAGUAUUUUUACUUCUUUGAUUCGAUGAAACUACAGACAACAAAGCAACAUAGUGUGUGGUACAUCUAGUCUGUCUCACAGUCCCUGAACCAUAGUAUUUUCCCUACUGCCAAGCCCUCUCUGCAAUGCUAAAGCCCUAAAUAAAGCAAGUCUAGAUUUCCUCAGGUUCUGAAUCUCUGGUCUCCCUGGGGCUCCUUUUCAAUUUAAAUGGGCUUGUUUGUUACUUUCAAAAUUAUAUAUAUUCAGAGACUAAGCAUUAGUCUAGUGGUACAUAGUACAGCUGAUCUUUAUGGAGAGUUAUUGCCAGGGAACCAAUUGUCUUUGAUCAUUAGUGGACAAGUAUGGCUGCCAUGGAAGCCAUAUUGAAAAUACUACUUUGCUAUUUUAUUAGCCACAUACAUGUGUACUGUCCGUAUUGGUCAGUUUGUGUUUAUGAUUUAAAACCAAAAAGCAAUGAUUCCUUGUGCAUAAGACGUGGGAGGAAAACAGUUAACUGUAACAUACAAGCAAGAAACUAAGCAAAAAUUAGCAAUAUUAAAGUUUUAUAUAAGAAAGUGCCUUACAUGAUAUAUGCAAGAAACAAAUGAACUCCUGUGUUAUAUUAGAUAGACACAUAGGCUUGCCUUGGAUCUGGUCAUCUGGUGGCUGGCAUUGAGAGAAAGCUGAUUGUUAUUUGUUGAAGUAUUUUAAUAGUUUAUUUUCUGGAGUUACCUGAAGUAUUUUUCUACCUUGAUGUUUGACUGGCUACUGGGCAUCCUGUAUUUAAGCCAGCUCUCUGAUCCUCAAUGUAUUUUGAUGCACUUCAGCAGGGUUGAUUCUGCUUAUACUUGAAAAACAGGUCUGAGUCAAUGUUUUAUAGGAAAUGUCAGAUUAUUGUGGGGCAGUUACCCUCAAACUGAACUUCCUAUCUGGCAGUGUCUGAAAAGGUACUAGGUGAAUCUGGGCUGUUUACUACGAGUGUCCCAUCUAUUUGUUUAGCCCCUUUUUUCAGAGAAUAGGAAAGAAUUACAGUCAGGCCGCAUUAAUCCGAACAGUGCCGUUUUUCAUACAAAAUGUUCGGAUAGUGAAACGUACGGUUUGUUGAAACAAGUCCAGUACACCACACUGCAGUGUCAUGUUUCUGCCGAUGGAAUGUCCAAAUUCUUGUCCAAAUUCUUGACUGAUAAGAUCAAAACUGGCUAUAGGAUUUUUUUCUUUAAAUUUACAAAUUUCGCUUUUUUGGUGCGGCAGUAAUUUCAUAGCGCUUACGCUUAGGUGCGGGACUUUCUAUUGUGAUUGGCAGGUGUCAAAUGCAGCUGAUCUCACUUUGACUCGGUGUGUAUUUAUAUUAAAAAAACCAAACACUAUGACAGAUUUUGAUCAAACUAACACAAAGUGUGACCUGUUAAUUAUUAAAGUCACAAACUCAUGACUUGUUCAUCUCGCAAUGUAUUAAUUGCCAUUGAAGUUUACCGAUAAUGAGCCCCGCUAUUGUUAGGCAAUAUGGCCGUCAUAUGUACAGCCGGAUUAAUGAAGUAAAAACAAGUACAAUUAGCUAAUCCAUUACCGAUAACUGAUGUUCGGAGUCGCAGACUAAAACAUCAGAUUAAUGAAUCAACAAUUGAUGUGUUUAUAUAGUAAACAAGAUUGGUUACAGCUUGAGUCUGUUCGGAUGGCACGGGAAUCGGAUUAUCGGGGACCGGACUAACGCGGCCUGACUGUAUUUCUUUCACUGUUGACUGAAAAUAUUCUGCCUAACAAAAAGUCCCAGUCCACCCCGAGGAUAUCAAAUGGUCCUUCCCUUACACAUGAAUAAAAAUGUCACCUUAAAUUUAACACUUUAUUGAAAAAUCAAAUAGAUCGCAAAUUUAUUUUCUAACAUGAUUGUCAUAUUGCAAAUGAAAGUAAUUUAAUGUUUUAUGAAUGUAAUGUCAGCAAAUAUCAAAAUAACCAUGAACAAUUUGAAACUUGACAAUCAUUUUACAAUUGAUUAGAUAGAAAUGAUGACAAUCGGAUAUGUUUUAACGCACAAUGUUUGAUGUGUGGGGUUUUGUGAUGGGUUUCAUGAGUGUAAUCACAUAUAUAAGUAUUAAUGUAUAUUUGUAAGAUUAGAUGUACCAGUUUGAUAAAUUAAUGAAAGAGGUGUGCACAAUUUUCCAUAUUAUAUUUCAUAGAGGAAGGUUGUUUACAAUGAUGUCAGCAUUCCAUUCCACCUUCAUCAGCUAAUAGACUCUUCCAGUUUCACACAAACACUGACACAGGUCUCUAUAACCAUCAGAGUUGUUGGAAGUGUAAAUUGAAAAUAUGCACGGAAACGAGCAAAAGAAAAAUCAUUUUGUCUUCCCUGUAGGAUCAAGUUACAGCCUUGUAUCUGGUUUGGCUGUACCAACUUAAUUUCCUAAAGUGUGCAGUGCAUGAAGGUCUAAACAUGAACAACAGAGGUACCAGGCAGUGUGCGAAAUAGCUUCCAAGUUUUGCUAGCCAGUCGGGCUAGCUAUGCCUGAAAGUUACUACCCCAUAAAAUAAUUCAUAAUCCUGCAUGAUUUAAAAGUGUAUUAUAACUUAACAAGUUGGAGGGACUGAUAUAUUUACAAAAUGACCCCAUGAAAAUUCACUAGCCAGUCGGGCCGGUGACUCUGGAGAUUUGCUGGCCCGACUGGAUAUUUACUAGCCACGGGCUAGCGGGCCAGUGGCUAUUCAGCACACUGGUACCAGGACUGCUUUGCUUGGUCCACAAGAUCUGGCUUAUCAACAGUCAUAUACAGUAUUCCAUUCAGUACUUUGCUUUUUCAACUUUGUUUAUCAAACUGGUACGAUCUUUGCAAAUUGUGAUUUUGUACAUAGUUGGUUUUGACUACUGGUUUUUCUUGUCAAUAUUGUGGAUGUGAUACUUCCUGAUGAACUGAGCCCAUUUGGCAGCUGAUGCAAUGUAUAGUAUUAUGUUUAGUGUGAAUGAAGCAAGACGAACCAAUGCAUAAUUGUUUUUCAUUAAUUUUAUCCCCAAACAAUCAAAGUCCUGGAAAGAGCAAAUCCAUAGCACCCAUUUUGAAUUUAUUAUUUUCAGGAAUUUUGAGAAAUGUUUAAAGAUGAUCUCUGAUUUGUGGUCUGACGUUGUUCGGUCAAGGUCAUGCCAUGGUAGACCAGUGACAUGUAAUUGUUUGAAUGGCAUUCUAGAUGGUGGUGGUAUAACGA